AUGGAUUCACAAUCAUCAGUGACUGUGAACGGGGUGACUAAGAAUCCUCAUGACGAGAAGCCUGAGAAGUUCAAGGGAAUUGACUUCAAGAGAUGGCAACAGAAGAUGCUGUUUUAUCUCACAACCAUGAAUCUGGCACAUGUUGUCAGAGAGGAGGCUCCCAAAUCAGGAGAAAAUCCAAUGUCUAAGGAAACAAUGAUGACCAUUGAGGCUUGGAAACAAUCUGAUUUCCUGUGCAGAAACUACAUCCUUAACAGGCUUGAUGAUACUUUGUAUGACAUUUAUUCGUCAUACAAUUCUGCAAAGGAAGUUUGGGAAUUACUUGAGAAAAAAUACAAAACAGAAGAUGCUGGUGCCAAAAAGUUCGUGAUUGGCAAAUUUCUCAAGUAUGCCAUGGUUGAUUCGAAGACUGUUAUUAAACAGGUUGAAGAACUUCAAAUUCUGAUCCAUGAUUUGCUUGCAGAGGGGUGCUCUAUUAAUGAACACUUCCAGGUUGGAGCAAUCAUAGAGAAACUGCCUCCAUCAUGGAAAGACUUCAAAAUUUAUUUGAAGCACAAGCGCAGAGAGAUGUCUAUGGAGGAUCUGAUUUUGAGGCUUCGAGUUGAGGAGGAUCACAGGAAAGGUGACAAGGGUGAAGUGCCUGUCAUGGAAGCCAAAGCCAAUGUCGUUGAGACAUCAAAGCCAAAAUUCCAGAAUAACAAGGGCAAGAAAGUUGCAAAGAACUAUGGCAAAACUCAUGCACCAAAAGGCAAGGAUUUCAAGAAAAUCAAAGGUGCUUGCUGG